AUGUCCGCCGAAUAUACCUUUGUCGAUGUCAAGGAACAUCAAUCGAAGAAGGUUGGGGGUUUUUUUUUUCGCCUUCCCAUCUCCCUGAUUUUGCUCAUUCUCAGAAUCCGUACCCGUGGUUGGAUUAGUUCACGUGGCCCUACUGACUCUUUUCCUCGACAGGAUCUCUGGCUUGUUGUCCAUGAUAUGGUCUACUCUUGUGGAGAUUUCGUUGACGAGCACCCGUAUGUGCCCAGCUAUGCAUCUCUCCCGUUCUAGCUAACCACCAAAUUACCGACGUAGGGGCGGAGAAGAAGUCCUGAUGGAUGUGGCCGGACAGGAUGCGACUCUAGCCUUCGAGGUCCUCCCUUUGGUUAUCCUUCCAUAUGCCUACAAUAUAUUUACUCGAGGCUUGUGAGUUAGGAUGUCGGACAUUCGGACGAAGCCCGAGAAAUUCUCAACGGAUUGUUGGUUGGCACACUCAAGAGAACCGUAUGCUUACUAAGCCUUCUGUUAUGCCCCGGCAAUUGCGGGAGCCGUUGGUUUUAAUUGACAUUUCACCCCGUCCAGGGAUCCGACCCGAAGCCUCCUGUUACCUCUCCAAGUUCCACCUCCCAGACCCAGAGCAAUGAUGCUGGAACGUGA